AUGAAUUUGUUGGCGCAGCUUUUGCGGCAUGUUGCGGACGACCUGGAACACUUCCUCGCUACGUCUGCAGCGAGGACCACAGAAGGAGCGACUGCGCGUCUAUCUACAACAAAACAUGCCAACGGGAGGAAUCAGUGGACGAGCUUCAUGUUUGAUGGUCUUGGCGAAGAAGAAUCAGGAACACCGGAAGGAACAGGGGAGAAAGCACAGCUGUGUCCGGCUGAUGGUUCGCCAUGCGACGUAGGGUGUCCUCAACGUGCUUGUAAAGAAGGCACCAACGCCCAAACGGGAGAACCGGAGUAUUGUCCCCAGGACGAUCCGAGUUUCAAGGAAAAACUCAAGAUUAAGGAUCAAUAUGUUUCACUUCUACAAGGAGUCCCUUCUCCCUAUUUCCUUCUCAGGAUAAUAAAUUGGGAGAAAUGCAUAUGCAAGCAAGAAAUGAAUUGCUUUGAGCUCUAACAAAAAGUGCCCUCGCACGGGCUGCCCCAAGAAUGGUUGCGUCAAAAACGCACCAAAAAGGAUGCCAUACAUGCUAAGGCCAUGCAGUUCGGUACUAAGUUUGAUUGUUUUCUACUUUAUUACUCCCAAUAUCAUAAAUUUAAUCCAACAAGAAGCUAGAUCAGCGGGUAGAACUCGCCGGGGAAAUCUUAGGCAGGUGGCCGAAAAGGUGCGCAUCGUCAUCCUCUCACGUUGAUGCCUGUGCCUCUCUAUGCUUCCUUGCUACUUAUUGUGGGGCUCAACGCUCUCAUGUUGCUUGUUUCUACAUCUCUACCUACAACCUUACUAAACCCUCUCAACCAAUCAGGGCCUAACAGAAGAAGGAUCGCCGUAUCCUAAUUUCGCUCGUCGUGGUAUUUGGUGUGACGACCCGGAACAUCCGAAUAAUGUGAUUUGUGUCCAAGCCCUCCCAAACGAUUGGUGCAAAUGGUCAGUCUCUCAAAAACCCACUGGCUUGCGCGUUGGAUGGUCAGAACAUACGAGUCCGGAUGGAACACGGUUCUAUAGUUAUGAACGACGUAUGUUCUAGGUUGUUUAGAGUUACGGUUUUUAGAUCAAUUGGACCCUCCAAGAACUGUAUUAGUAGAUCAAGUAAACUUUCUAACUGUAGGUGUUCUAGCAACUACAUCAGUAGGUGUAUUUUUCUCAGCACUCCCACCCUUCUAUUACCUCUUCUGUAACAAGUCCAAGCUCAACCCCAGUGGUAAUCCCAAUCGUGGUCUUAUUUACUCCUACGACAUAAAACCACAUCCACACCUACGAGGACAUAAAACCCGUAUCGGUCUUUUCAAAGCGUUCCCUUCUACUACAUCUUCAUCUGUAACGAGUCCAAUCAACCCCAAUAAUUAUCCUAGCGACUACUUAUCCUAUUAGUAUUAACUCGUCUAAGGCGACUACGACAAAGAUCGGGACCAAGAAUUUGUUCCUGACAAACCGGAAAACGUGGUUAUACAUACAGGGAAGGACGACGAAGAUGCGGAAGAGAUCUGGGACCGCGAUAAGACUUACAUAAAGCCAGUCCCCAUGCCAUGGCACUCUGGAGUGUCCUCAAAGAGUGGCCGUGAAGUCGAGACGACCGACGUCAAGAGCUUCCUCGGCUUCGCUAGCAGUGCAAUACCUGCUUCGGCGAGAUACCAAUUGAAUGAGACUUAUGGACACGGGUUACUUAAAAAGUAGUACAAAAAGCAUUUUUCAACUCAAAAUAAUCUUGAACUGCAACGCACGUAUAAAUACGUUCUCUUUUGCUUUCGAAAAUAAUGUAGCACCUCCCCUCUCUGCCCGUCAUAAUAAAGUUUGAUAGGACGCAGCACCACCUCGGCCCCCGCAAGAUUCCCUCAUCUCUAAACUCCCUGUUGCACAGAAAAGGAGGGUUUCUGCAAGAGAAGCGAAAGCUUACCCAUGUGCGUCACGGUAGAGCAGUAUCGGAACUACUUGCAGAGUGGGCAAAACCUUUUUAUCAACUGUCCAGCAACGAGGGAUCAGGCUGCCUCAGGCUGUUGGUGGAGCAACGAAUUGGCGUGGGAUCACUUUUUAUGGGAUCUGUCAGUAUAAUAUCAAAUAUUGACAUAUGAAAGAAAAAAGUGCACUCACACUCAAAAAAAGUGGCUACUUUCCUACUUAAAUCCUAGCCAAAUUCUUGAGUGUGAGUGCACUUUUUCGCUUCAUAUGACAACAACCUCUUCUCUCAUUUUUAGGGUCUAUGCUCUUGAUGUCGCACUAAGGUGUAGAAACGACUCGUGAUCAUCUUCCAACUACUUUCGUGUCACAACUUCUUGACCUUGAAGACCACUUCUAAUACAUGGCGGAAAAUCGGGUGCGGUGCCAGGCUACGUUAGUGUGGACCAAGUCACGCCACCGAUACCGGGAAAGAAGCUGUCGUAG